AUGCUCGGCAAUCACGUACGUCUACGGGCUCCUGUGCUGUCCUAUUGGACAAUUCAGGUCGCUUCGGCAUCGACUGCAACCUCGACAGCUUCGUCAUCCACUAUCGCUUCAACCUCGAAUUCCAGCUCCAAUUCAAGCUCAAGCUCAAGCUCAACGCCUCGGCGGAGAAGGUCAAACAAUGAAAUCCCAACUUCUGGCGUAGACUUAGUUGCACCUCCCGAUCCGGUAUCUAAUAUUCGACCGAUCAUUUACGCUUCAAAACCAUCCAUUAACCCAUCUACGAAUUCACCUUAUUCCGCUUCUGAAUUCCCUACAGGAUCUAGGGAUGCAAGGCUGGAGAAUAUGGAAUUGGAAUGGAGGCUGAGGAGAGAAAGAGUUGAUCUGAUGAAUCAUCGAUUCUGGGCGACAACGAACCUAUCAUUUGAAGCUCAAAAGGCGAAUCGAUUAUCAUCUUUACCACCUGCAUCAGACCCUCCAACCGAAGAAGACGAUCGUAGACGAGAAGAUGCAUUAACUCAAUUUUAUGCAGAUUGGCAAAUCGCAAAUCAGGAUAGACAAAUUCGAUGGGUCAAAGAAUGGUGGAGAGAAGUGUGGGAUGGUAUUAAGAUUCAAGGAAAGAUAUAUAUAUUGAGAGCGAUGAGAAGAAAGAAUAGUCGAUGA